GAUGCCGUCAACUGUAGUCGAGUGUUUCUCAAUACCAUUUACAAAGAAAAAAUCUUCAGCGAGCCUUUAGGCUUUCUCAGGCAAAACUAGUGAACUGAUAUUUUUGUUGGAAAUUCAUCACACAUGAGAAAACACUGUCAUAGAUAAGUUAUUUCCUCAUAACGACAGCAAGUGGAAAGUGGACUUAAAAAGUGAAAGCGCAUUUUUAUAUAGGCCUACAUGCCUGAGAGAAACCCAACUUGUCAUUUUCAUGAUGGGUGGGUGUGCAAAUUCGCAUCGAAGUUGGCUUGUCUUACUUCCUAUUCUACAGUCACUUGUGAUGGUGUUCGACUCUCAAGUUUUUGCACAAGGGACACCAUAUGUGACCUCUACUAUUUCCACAACGUUCUCCCCCGACGCAACCACUGAAGAAUAUGUGACAUGUGCUGGAAGUCAUUUCACUUGUGGCGAUGCAACAUGUAUCUUUGACUCUUGGCAAUGUGAUGGUUAUGUUGACUGCCUCGACGGAAGUGAUGAACUCAACUGUGAUCCUUGGUACCCGACCGAGGAAACAUACACUACGUUCUCUAUCGACUUGACGUCACCAUACUCUGAUGAUCCUCCGUCUACGACCGAUGGACCCUACACUACAUAUUCUCCCGAUUCCAUGACAUCAAUACAUGGUGAUCCUCUGUACACGACCGAUGAAACAUACACUCCAUCCUCUAACGACGUUACGACACCAGAAUUCCAUGAUACUGAUGAGUGUGCUUCCACUCCCUGUCAGAAUGGAGGAACUUGUGCAGAUGGUGUGAAUGGCUACACUUGUACUUGUGUUGCAGGUUAUGAAGGGGUCGAUUGUGGCACAGAUACUUAUGAGUGUGCUUCCAAUCCCUGUGAGAAUGGAGGAAAUUGUGCAGAUGGUGUGAAUGGCUACACUUGUACUUGUGUUGCAGGUUAUGAAGGGGCAGACUGUUCCAUAGACAUUCAUGACUGUCCUUAUCGUUGUCUGAACGGAGGAACUUGCCUGGAUGGUGUGGAUUUCUUCAGAUGCGAGUGUGCAGCAGGAUUUGAAGGAAGAAACUGUUCCAUGAAUUUUGAUGACUGUUCUUCUAACCCCUGUCUGAAUGGAGGGACCUGCACUGAUAGCAUUGAUUCAUUCAUAUGUGACUGUGCUGUGGGAUACGGUGGCAUGGACUGCUCCCCGAUAACUAUGCGUCUUGUUCAAGGCGAUACUCCUAACGAGGGUAAUGUGGAGGUGACUUAUGGGAAUCAAACUGGAGGGAUGUGUAGCGAUAACUGGAGAAUCGAGGAGGCAAAUGUCGUUUGUCGGCAGCUUGGCUACCCGUCUGCAUCUCAAGCUUGGAAUAGUGUAUACUUCGGUCGAGGGUCCGAAGUGAUUCUGCUGGGCAAUGUUGAAUGCCAAGGAAAUGAGACAAACAUCGACCAGUGUGAUCAUGGUGAAUGGUUGAGUCCCAACUGUUACUAUUACCAAGUUGUUGGAGUGUCGUGUGAUGUCAUUUCUCCUUCACCUGUUUUAGUGCGUCUUGUCAAUGGUAGCACACCUUACGAAGGCAGAGUGGAGUUAUACCAUCGAUGCUUUUGGGGUACAGUCAGUGAUCCCGAUUGGACCAUUGAAGAUGCCAACGUCAUCUGUCGACAGCUGGGAUACCUGUCUGCUGCUGAGGCUUUGCCUCGUGCUCAUUUCGGUGAAGGGUCAGGAUAUGUUAUCCUUGACUUUCUUAUUUGUGAUGGUGAUGAGGCAGGAGUAGACGAUUGUGAUCGGGGAAACUUCUUUUGGAGUAAUUAUGAUCAUAACUAUGAUGUUGGUGUGAAAUGCAAUACUUCGACCUUUCUACCUGUUGCAGUGAACUUAGUGAAUGGUAGCACCCCCUAUGAAGGCAGAGUUGAGGUGUACUAUGCAGGCCAAUGGGGUACAAUCUCUGGCAAUGGUUGGAGCAUUGAAGAUGCCAAUGUCAUCUGCCGACAACUUGGUUUGCCGUCUGCGUCAAGAGCUUGGCAGAAUUCUGAGUUUGGUCAGGGAUCAGUGCCAAUUCUCCUGCAUGGUGUGGCAUGUAAUGGCAGUGAGUCAAACAUUGAGCAGUGUGAUCAUACUGGAUGGCUUCAUCAGAGCUACGUAACAGGUGAAGUUGCUGGAGUCACUUGUGGGGAAGAACUUGGCAUCAAAAAGGCUCCACAAGUUCCAGUUCGGUUAGUUGGUGGUAGUACACCAUAUGAAGGUCGAGUGGAGGUAUAUGGUCCAUGCCAGUGGGGUACAGUCAACAGCAACUACUGGAGCAUUCGGGAGGCUAACGUUGUUUGUCGUCAGCUUGGUUACCCAUCAGCCUCUCAGGCAUGGUGGUACAAUCACUUUGGUCAAGGAACAGGGCCGUUGACACUCAGUGGAGUGUCAUGUCAUGGAAAUGAAUCAGGCAUCCAGAAAUGUAAUCAUUCUGAAAUUACAUCCAACGUCAACUACUACAACUAUCACUACUACUACUACUACUACUACUACUCCAACCACGUCGGCGUAUCUUGUAAUCCUACAUCACCUCUGCCAACUGCUGUUCGUCUUGUUGAUGGAAACACCCCCCAUGAAGGCAGAGUAGAAAUCUAUUACAAAUGCCAAUGGAGUACAAUCUGUAAUUACAAUGACUGGGAUAUUGUAGAGGCCAACGUUGUCUGUCGACAGCUUGGUUACCCCUCUGCCGCCAACGCUUGGAGGAGAGCACAGUUUGGUCAAGGGUCCGGACCAAUUUUCCUGAGUAAUGUAGAAUGUGAUGGUCAUGAGCAAACUGUUGACCAAUGUGAUCACUCCGGCUGGUUAAGUCAUUAUUGCUCGAACCACUACUAUGAUGUAGGCGUUACUUGUAAUGUUUCAACUGCUGUAUCAGUGGUACGUCUUGUCAAUGGUAGCACCCCCUAUGAAGGCCGAGUUGAGGUGUACUAUGCGGGCCAGUGGGGUACGAUCUGUGGUAAUGGUUGGAGCAUUGAGGACGCCAAUGUCAUCUGCCGUCAGCUGGGUUAUCCUCCUGCAUCUAAGGCUUGGCAGAAUUCGGAAUUUGGUCAGGGUUUAGGACCAGUUCUCCUGGGUGGUGUAGCAUGCAAUGGCAGUGAAUCAAAUAUUGAGCAGUGUAAUCGCAGCAGAUGGUUUAAUCAAAGCUGCAGUUAUGGUGAAGAUGCUGGAGUAACGUGUGGAGAGAAUUACACCAAUCCUGCUCCGUCUACCACGAUUCGUCUUGUUUAUGGGCGCACUCCUAAUGAAGGCACAGUUGAAGUGUACCAUGACUGCUUUUGGGGGACAAUUUAUGACCCUGGCUGGGACAUCAGGGAUGCCAACGUUGUGUGUCGUCAGCUCGGCUAUCCAUCAGCAUCUCAGGCUCGGCGUUAUGCUUACUUUGGCCGAGGAACAGGGCUGGUGCUCCUGAGGAAUGUUGAUUGUGUGGGAAACGAGUCGAGCAUUGAAACGUGUAGACAUAGUGGAUGGUUUUUUGGCUACUAUAAUCAUUACUACGAUGCUGGAGUAACAUGCAAUACAGCAGUGAAUUUCACUUUACCUCUGCAAGACAAUGAACUCCCCAACAUAACCUGUCCCACAAAUGUGACAGUUCAGACUCACCACGGCCAGAAUCUUGCCACUGUCACCCUUCCUGAUGUUAUAUCCGCUUCGGACAAUUCCGGUGUGGUCAAGAUAACCGCUACCCUAGAUGGCUCACAAUAUUAUUACUACAGUUCUGACGUCGGUGAUGAAGUUACCUUGAGUUUGUCAAGGUCUCCACAUUUAUGGCAUUACACUGCAACCGAUGAAUCUUACAACAGAGCAACCUGUGGCAUGUACAUCAUCAUUGUAGAUAAGGAGCCUCCACAGAUCAACAACUGUCCAGAUUACGUUACUUUACCAAUCCUGCCGUCGACUGAUCGGGUGUCUUACAGCUGGACUCCUCCAACAUUCCUCGAUAAUUCAGACGCUGACGUUGAAGUAACACAUUCUUGUCACGGUUCAUCACAUCUCCAGUGUGACCAAGCUGGUUCUGGCACUUUCUCUGCGGGGGUUACAGUGGUGAUGUACAAAGGAAGAGACAAGUCUGGAAAUGAGAACAUUUGCCAGUUUUCUGUUACAGUCACAGUCGCAGCUGUUGUCUGUCCUCCUAACAUCACAGUCUUGGCCAAUCCUGGUUCUACAAGUGCCAAUAUCAACUGGUUAGAACCAGUUCUUAUUGGUUGGGUUGGACCAGUAAAUAUCAUGUCAAAUGUCAGUUCUGGUGCUCUAUUUCCGAUUGGAACUACCGCUGUAAACUACAAGUUGUCCUCUACAAGGUUCAGCCUGGCGUUGGAGUGCGAAUUCAUUGUGACGGUUGAAGCUCAAUGUGCUUCGGAGACUGUUGGUGAUCUCACAUGGCCAGCGGCGCCAGUGGGGUCAGUAGCGGAGUCCAUCGAAAGAUGCCCCCUGAUGACAAUGAAUGCUGGUGAGCCUCUUGCUGUUAGGAACUGUUCAAUCGCACAAGCUCCUGUCUAUUUCAAGUGGGAGGAACCUGAGCAUCGAAGCUGUGGCGAAAAAAGGACUGAUGUCACUCUUGAGGAUGUUAUAGUGGUUGAAGUGACUACAGGAAAUGUAGUUGAAGUGGCUGAGUUUCUAGCCAAUCAGACUUCAGAGUCGGCGUCAGGUGAUGCACAAGAUGUAGAGGUGGUUUCAGAUAUUUUGAUGAAUAUCGUUCAGGCGGGAUCUGGCGACACAGAGGUUACAAAGCUGGUACUUGAAACCGUCAACAAUGUCAUAAAUGAAGGGGUAGAACCCGAUGCUCCAGAUUCCGCCAGAUCCUCAUCAGAAAUCGUUCGUUCUGUCGAGACCCAAGUUGCGUUGACGCUUCAGGAGGAAGGUAAGGUCAGCAUACGGCAGGAAACCAUCCACGUGGAAGCGGUCAGUCUUGAUCCAGAGGAGAAUCGUGAUGGAUUCAGCUUUGCGUCCGUACUAAAACCUGGACAAGGGUCUUCAGAGGAGGGGUCACUCGUCGGUACUGACGUACAGACAUUUGAUGAUGACAUCCCAGCUGAUGUUAAUGUUGUGGCAUCUGUUCAACUUCCUGGAAGUAUUUUGGACUCGAUUCCAACAACUGAUGGCAAUGACUCGACUCCUCUUCAAGUGAGUUUCUUAAUCUACGCUGAUGACACAUUGUUCCAGUCGUCUUCCAUCAAAAGGCACCAGAAGGAAACCAACUCUACUCGCAAAGUCGCAGGAUCUGUGGUCUCUUUGACAAUAGAAAAUGUUAAACUUGUCAACCUUACGGAACCACUUGUUCUUACGUUUAAGGCACCAGACGAAACCGACGUAGACUUGAACACCACCCUGUGUGUCUUCUGGGAUUUUGACCUUGAGGAUGGAGUCGGUGAUUGGUCCACGGUUGGAUGCACGCUUUCAGGGUUGUCCAGUGAUGUAGUAUCAUGUGACUGCGACCACGCCACCAACUUUGCAAUCCUCGUGGAUGUCAAAGGUCAGGAGAUUAUGAAUAGAGCUCUUGACAUCAUCAGCCAGGUCGGUGGUGCCUUGUCGAUCGUUGCUCUGGUUGUCACAUUGAUUAUAUAUCUGUCUAUCAGAAAAUUACGAACUGGCAAAUCUCGACAGAUCUUCAUUCACUUCUGUUUCUCCUUACUGAUGUUGUACGUUGUGUUCCUUGCCGGCGUCGACAAUGCAAAGGGUGGUGGUUGUGUGUUUGUUGCUGCUUUCCUCCACUACUUAACUUUGUCAACCAUGAUGUGGAUGGCUGUUGAAGCCAGGAAUAUGUACGUCAGCACCGUGAAGGUGUUUCCCGAAGAUACACCUCGCUACAUGAUCAAAGCCUGCCUGAUUGCAUGGGGAUCACCGUUGCUUGUUCUGACGGUGACCUUGGCUGCAGCGGUUGACCACUACAAGAAUGAACUCUACUGCUUCCUGAAACCUGAUCUUGUUUUGUACAUCGCUCUCCUGGCUCCCAUCGCACUCAUCCUUCUCCACAACUUCAUCACCUUUAUCUUGGUCAUGCGCAGUCUCCUGAAAGUCAGAGAAGUUUCUCGCUCGCAACAGAUCUCUAAACGCCUCCAGAAUGCCGUGGGUAUCUCAGUCCUCAUGGGCUUGACUUGGGUGUUUGGGUUCCUAGCGAUUGAUAAAGCAACAUUUGCCUUCCAACUCAUCUUCUGCCUGACCAACUCAUUGCAAGGCGUGGUCGUGUGCAUCAUGUUUUGCAUCCGACGUGAAGAGGUUCGUACCGCUAUAGCACCGUACCUAGGGCGUUUUCUUUGCUGUAAGAUGCCGAGCCGUCCGGGUGUUAAGCAAUCUUACAAUCUGCCAGAGGUAUCUCAGUCUGUCACUUCACCGUCAAGUAUCCACACAGCUGAAUUGGACACGUCUUUGUCUGGGAUGUAGGACAUCAGAUAUUGUCCUGAGAACUACUUGGUGUGUAUGUAUACAUGAGUGAUAUGGCGUAAAGAUAUUAGACGAGUGGCAAAUAAAAUUCGUAGAAUGAAAGAGACGUAUGAAAUCCACAAAACUUGUUACACAUUCAUGCUUUUAAUGUUUCAAAUUAAAUAAUUGGUGAAGACACGGAAAAUGAUAUCCGAAAUGGGAUUUAAUCCUAAAUAAUUCCGAAGUAAACUUGUCAAUUAGCAUGUAAGGUAUAGGGAGUUUAAUAAAUAAUAGCAAUAGUGGGUUGAUUAGAAUUUAUACUACACAGAAACUGAAUUCAUUGGGAUGUUAUUGUCAAUUUUUUAGUCGUAAAUUACUUAUUGGGUGUGAUUUGUGUUCAUAUCAUGUAGCAACUUACGUUUUUGUACGACACGUAGUCAAAUUAGUUGCAAUCCACUUGUUUUUAUCCAUGGGUAAUAUUUGGUUCAAUUUUGUACAGAGAUGUAAAAAUAUAUUUUGCUGUAUUUUUACUGAGAUCUCGUCAAAUUGAGCAAUUUCAAACAACGUGUCUAUUUUGUUUAUAAUCUGUGGCUUUGUUUCCAACUUGUGCAACUUUUCAACUUGUGAAUUUAAUUAAUAUGAAUAAAUAUGAAAAUUAACUGUUUAGCUGACGUUAGUCGUAGACUACAUGAAAGGGGCGGUCACAAUCAUUGCUCGUAUAAAACAACAGACAUGGCAAAAAAUAUAUAACCAAGAAAUAUAACAUCAGUAAAUUCUUUACUACUCAGACGUAAGUUGAUAUUGAUUUUGAUCAAAAGGUUAUACUCCGGUUGCUCCAAUGUAGCAGUUAUUUUAUACAUUGUUCUUUGGUAUGCGGUUGUUUACAUAUUUCAUUGCCUUUGAGAGAGAUUAUGCGAGCAUCGCGAAACGUCACGCCCUCCACAUUUUGAGAUUUGUAUUUUAAGUCAUUGUGGUCAGCAAGCAGUUUGCAGGAGUUUUGUAUUACAUGUUUCUAUUGUGACAUGGCGUCCUGUCUGGUGAAUGCUUCUUGGAUUUUAACUUGAGACCAGGAUUAAGUUCAUAAUGAGUUUUGUCUCAAACGUUAAAGUCGUAUAAAGAUGUUUAAUAGCUUUGUAGCAAUCAGAUGGUAGUGUACUCGGUGUUUUUUUCGUGUACUCGAUAUGAAAUUCAGUGUUGAAAUAAAAUGUUAAUGCAAACAUCAACUGGUCUUGUUAUGAUGCUAGAUUGAUCCAAAUGGUAUGAAUUAGCACUUCGUACGUAUUGUAUAGUUCUGCUAGUUUAAAUGUAGAGAAACGCUUUGGGGCGUCCAUGGAAAUAUGUAAUUUGAAACCAGCAAAUCAGUUUCUCCUUUGAUCAGAAAAUAUCUUUCAGAUUCUUGGCUCAAAGCUGUAUGGUUUUAUUUCAUCUACAUGUUCCAUGAAGUAUCAUUCACAUAACAAACAAUGCAUACAUUUUGAACAGAAAAACUCCAGGGAAUUUGAACAGCAUUAUAAAAUCAACAAAAUUACCUCAUUUCUAUUGCGUUUGAUUCCGUUGAAAUAAUUACAACUUUUACAUGAUCUUACAUCUGUCAGCUAAUAUUGCUCGUCUCGAGAAAUAAUACCAAGAUUUCUGCACACACAAAAUAAAAUACAAUUGAAUUACCUACUUAUACAAACUGAAUCUUGAGAAAAAAUGUAAAUAUAGGUGAUCAAAACAGAUUAGAACAUUGCCUAAUUUGUAUUAUUACUGAAGCACAAAAUUUCAGACAAAAAUCCUCAAAAUCAAUAUUCCAAUCAGCAUUACUCUGUGUAUCAUGCAAUAACAAUAUAUCUCAAAGUACAAAAAUAAUCGACAUCUUUACCACAAACGACAAUAGUUUUCCGCAAACAGAUGCUCUGAACUAGAUAAGAACUUCUGUUGGUCAGAAAAUAAACUUGACACAAAAGGAUCUACAGAAAAAUAAAUUUAACUUCACUCCACAGCAUAGCAAAGAUAAAUGAUUGCCUUGAUAAACGGUUUUGACUGACAAUAAUUAAGGGCUAUAGUACCCCUUUAUCGUCUGUCUCUACCAGGUUCAUGUAUAUUGCAAACUUUUAAAAACAGACAAGAUGACUCGAACUUUAACCUUU